AUGCUCGGUGAUUCUUACACGACCGCACUACGUCGGCUCCAAUCCAUGGAGAAAAAGUUCGCUGUCGAUGACGAUCUUCGUGACGCUUAUCAUGCGUUCAUGAACGAUUACGAAAGCCUAGGUCACAUGGAGGAGGUGAUUCCGUCCACGUCGCGUAGCCUACAAUUUUUUCUACCCCACCAUGCCAUCCAUCAUCCAGAAAGCACAACAACCAGGACACGCGUGGUUUUCGAUGGAUCCUGCCGAAGUUUCAACGGGUUGUCGCUCAAUGAAGUUUUGUAUUCCGGUCCGACGAUUCAACCAGCACUGUAUUCGACCGUUAUCAACUUCCGCAUGCCUCGCUACACCGUCACAGCCGACGCCGAAAAGAUGUUCCGGCAAACCUGGGUGCAUCCAGACGACCGGCAAUAUCAGCAAAUCCUUUCACCCUUCCGCGCUGCUCGUGUACUUCACCAACUGGCCAACGACGAAGGAGAGAACUUUCCACUUGCGGUCCCCGUAGUACAAAAGGGAAUGUACGUUGACGACGUACUCACCGGCCACGACGACCGAGAAACGCUUGCGGAAACUUGUCAUCAAUUAAAAGAAAUGCUCCAACAAGCCGGUUUGACGCUCAGGAAGUGGGCGACCAACGACACCGCCGUGCUCUCAGAGAUUCCUCAUCAACUGUGGGAAACUUCGUCGGAGCUGGAAAUCGAUCGAUCGCAUUCCGUGAAGACCUUAGGACUCAUUUGGUUUCCUCAGUUGGACACCUUUAGGUUUAAGGUACCGGAUCUGCCACCGCUAAUCGGUGUAACAAAGCGGGUUGUAGUAUCCGAGAUGUCCCAACUGUUCGAUCCACUGGGCCUUUUGGGACCUGUAGUUGUAAAGGCCAAGAUGUUUGUCCAAACAUUGUGGGCAAAAAAUUUGAAGUGGGAUGAAGAACUGUCCGAACAGUACACCGCCUGGUGGAUUGAUUAUCGCUCGGAGCUCAACCAACUACAAAAUCUUUCCGUGCCACGCAGAGUUGUGCACAAUCGGCAGUACAGUUUACACUGCUUUUGUGAUGCUUCAAAGACAGCAUACGGUUGCUGCAUUUAUACUGUUUCUCGUGACGAGUUCGGACAGCUUCACAGUCAUCUACUAACUGCCAAGUCCCGAGUCGCUCCCCUACGUGGACAAUCCAUUCCUCGACUUGAACUUUGCGCUGCACUGCUCGGUAGCCAGCUUGCCGACAAAAUCCAGCGCACUACUAAUUUCAACGAACCGCCAACAUUCUGGACGGACUCGACGAUCGUGCUGCACUGGAUCAAGUCGCAGUCUAAUGUUUGGAAGGUGUUUGUCUCGAAUCGCAUCGCAGAGAUUCAGCGUCUUACAAAGGGCCGUACAUGGAGGCACGUGCCAACGGAGCAGAAUCCUGCGGACCUUAUCUCCAGGGGAAUGAUGACAAGCCAGAUCUUGAAUGAUGAAUUGUGGUGGCAUGGACCGUGUUUCCUGAAGGACCCCGUCGAUAGCUGGCCAGAGUGCACAGUUUCGACGCCAAACGCUCAGGACUUGCAGCAAGAAGCCUGUCCAGUCAUCGCAUUCCUCAGCAACACCGUUGAGUUAUCAUUAUUCGACCGCUUCUCGGACCUCUCCAAGCUAGUCCGCUUCGUGGUUCUAAUGUAUCGUCGUAUCAACAAUGCCAGACUCCCUCGAGGCAAACGUAUGAGCGGUUCACUGACUCCAGAAGAAUGUGAACAUGCGCUCAAGAUCCUCGCCCGUCAAGUCCAGUCUUUAUCGUUUCCGGCCGAAGUGCGCUACUAUCGGAAUUCACAAGGCACGAACACCGGUGCAUCCAUUGUCGCGUCGAAAUUACCACUCAAGGACAUGAAGCUGUUUAUGGACCAGUUUGGGUUGCUCAGGUUGCGUGGAAGACUAGCCAACAUGAGAGUACCCUUCGACAAUCGCUUUCCGAUACUGCUUCCAGCCGAGCAUCGUCUUACCUGGCUCAUUGCCCGGUCCUGUCACAUUCGAACACUGCAUGGCGGGCCUACUCUAACACUUGCUACGAUUCGCCAGCGAUUUUGGCCGCUCCGGGGUAAACAGAUCGCCCGCAAGAUAGUACGUGAAUGCGUUACUUGUUUCCGGUGUCAACCACAGCUGGCUCAACAAAUCAUGGCACCAUAUCCAUCUGUCCGCUUAUCACCAGCUAGACCCUUCAUACACUCUGGUUUGGACUAUUGUGGGCCGUUUCUCGUUCGUCCGUUAAGUGGACGGGGCGCGUCGGUAAGGGUUUACGUCGCGUUAUUCGUAUGUCUCGUAGUGAAGGCCGUCCAUAUCGAAGUCGUUGCAGAUUUGUCAUCCGUCGCCUGUAUUAACGCCGUCAAACGAUUCGUUGCCCGUCGCGGUCGCGUGCUCGAACUACAUUGCGACAAUGCGACUGCCUUCGUCGGGGCAGACCGAGAACUUCGGGAGACACGCACGAAGUUCCUCCGCAAAUUUCGUUCCAAGGACUGGGACAACUACUGCGUAGGAAGUGGAAUAAAAUUCUGUUUUAUUCCGGCCCGCUCGCCGCAUUUCGGCGGCAUCUGGGAAGCCGGAAUCAAGUCGUUCAAGCACCACUUCCGUCGUAUCAUGGGCAACCGCUCCUUCACCGUGGACCAGCUCCAAACCGUCGUAGCCCAAAUUGAGUCGGUGUUAAACUCCCGUCCCCUUUCUCCGCUUUCAGAUUCUCCCAACGACUGCGCUGCGUUAACUCCGGGCCACUUCCUCGUUGGCGAGCCUCUCAUUGCUCUACCGGAACCGGACCUGGUAAACGUCACCACAAAACACUUGUCCCGCUACCAAGAGAUGCAGCGGUCGGUUCAGGACCUCUGGCGCCGUUGGCAACUAGACUACAUCAGCCAGCUCCAACAACGGACAAAAUGGAAACGAACACACUCCAAUGUUCGCACUGGUCAAUUAGUACUGGUGAAACAGUCGACACCGCCUCUCCAGUGGCCAUUGGGGCGAAUUUUCGAAACCAUAACUGGCAAGGAUGGACGAGUCAGGGUGGUCGUGGUCAAGACUGCUCAGGGCCAGUACAAGCGUGGGAUCACGGAGAUCGCCAUAUUACCAAUAAACCACGAUUAA